CAAGUGUCACUUACUGUUCCCAUGCGAAAAAUACCACACUGUCAUUAUCACUUAUACCAAGUUUUAAUUCUAAAGUUCUAAUUUCAUACACAGUCUUUUAGUUAAACCUACAGUUUUUAUAGUUAUUGGCAACGAUGAGUGUUUACUAAAAAACUCGGGUUAUGUGCCUCGAAAAAUCAAUUUUAUAACCUGUCUUUUCACCGGCAUCCAGGUAUUCAAUGAGUAUGUGGACAGUAUGCGUGCCGGGCUGGGCGGCGUGCGUGACGGCGGCCACGCUGCUGCUGUACGGCACCCUGGACGUGGCCUACUUCGCGCGCAUGAUGUUCACCGUCGCCAGGGCUAGGUACUUCAGGAAGAGGGCCUGUCUGCUGGACACUACGGAGAUUAAAUCCUACUGCCUCCUAAACGACAUCGACACCCUUCUCUACCACAUGAACAACGCCCGGUACCUUCGAGAGCUGGACUUCGCUCGAGUGGACUUCUACGAGCGGACCGGCCUCUACGCUAACAUACGGGGCGCGGGUGGCGCCGUGGUUCAAGCUGCUGCCACUAUACGCUAUAGGCGGUUUCUGAAGCCGUUCACGAAGUUCACUAUUACUUCUAAGGCGAUCUACUGGGACGAGAAGACCGUCUUCAUGGAGCACGAGUUCAUAGGGCCCGGUGGCUUCGUGCACGCAGUGGCUGUGUGCCGGCAGCGCGUCAUCGACACGUCGGCGGCGGCUAUAGCGGACCUGCUGGUGCAGCUGCACUGUGGCGGCGCGUGCAGGCCGCCGCCCUGCAAGAUGCCGCCCGAGCUGGAGCUGUGGGUGCAAAGCAACGACAUCAGCUCGGCGCGGCUGCGCGGCGUGUCCCCCCUGCCCCUGCAGCCCCCGCUACAUCAGGGGGCGGGGGAGGUGAUACCAACGACCACAGCAGAGUGAGAUGAGGCCACGCGUCGGCUGCGACGCCGCAACGAUGGUGUUGCCCGCGCUGUGAAGUAAAUGUUGUGCGGAUAAUGUGUCUAAGUCCUGAGGCUGCUAUAGACGGGUUUGUUAUCGACGGUGUUGUGUUGUUUAAUUCGCUAUCCACCAACCAAUUUAUGAUGAAUAGUGAUGAUAUAGUGAAGCUUAUCUACUUCGAUAAUAAGCCCGUGUAUUAUUGGCAGCUGCCCAGGAUACACUAGGCUAGUUUUUGAAGCUAGUGUUAGUAUAUAGCUAUCAAGUUAGUACUUCUGGCGUUGGAAAUGAUGUCAGUUUUGUCUACAAAGCAUCUAGUUUGCUAUUCUAGCUUGAAAAAUUUGCCUCGUGUGUCCCGGGCAUAAAAUGCCGCUUGUAAGUUUUCAUGAUUUAUUGAAAUGAAAAAGUUUGUUUUUGUCACACACAUUGCAGUGCCCCUAGCGGUCGCUACCGUGAAACAAUUGACAGAAGAUAGGUGUGCAUUUUCCUGAUUGGUUUUUUAAGCACUAGGUUCAAGGUAAUUAAUUAUACCAUCUUAUACUUUCGAUACUGCUUGUGGAGUGCUGUUUAUUACACCCUUCGAGAGGUGAAAAGUGUAUGGCGUGGCACAGGAGCGCCAUCUAGCAGUACAUACAAAUUUUCAUUUUCAUACUUUACACUAUUCUUGAACGAAGAGAAAAACUUGCACUAGGUCCGCGGAUCGUGAUUUGUUGAUGCAUAUUUUGUAUUUUGUGUGUUGGCUGUUUAGUGUAAAGUUCGAUGGUUUAUGUAAUAAUAUUUUGCUGAGCAUAUUGGCCAAAACGUUGAUAAAGGGGCUUGUGUAGGAAUGGCCGACUAAAACAAAUAUUUGUUAUCUUUACCUGAAAGGAAGAGAAAAUGCACUGUGGUUUAUUUAUAUAAAUGUAUACCUUUAUAUUAUAAACGUCACAUUAAAAUGUACCUACUUUAUAAUUAAAAUCUAUUUCUAUUUAAAUUAAUUUGUAAAUAAUGUUAUAUUCAUAACUAUACUUUAUUUGAUUGACUUUAUGUUUUCAUUUGUUUCAGGUAGGUAGUAAGGUACCUACAAACUAACUGAAAUAUUUUUGAUUCCAAUGUGCCUGUGUACUUUGAUCAGAAAAUCUAUUUAAGUGUAUUAGAAAUUAAAUACAUAAUCAUUAUUAUUGUACUUAAAGUACCUUCUCUUACGUAUAUGACUUAUUGAAUAUGUAGUUAUUAUAUUAGCUUUAGAUAUUAAUAUUAUUUAAACAUUCUGAUCUGAUAAAAGUAAAUGUAUGUUAAUUAUG